AUGAAAUUUAACAAGGAAAGCAUAGAAGGAAGAGCAACACAAUUACGGAAUAGGUUAACCAAGGAGAAGAGUAUUCUUGUUAUUCUGGAUGACAUUUGGGGUAGACUUGAUUUGGUAGAAGUGGGGAUUCCUUUUGGUGAUGACCACAAAGGAUGCAAGUUGGUGGUGACAUCCAGAGAUCUUAAUGUGUUAAACUGUGAGAUGAACAUUCAGAAAGCAUUUAGAAUUGAUGUUUUGCAUCAGGAGGAUAGUUGGAAAUUGUUUGAGAAAAUGGCAGGGUUAUGCGAGCAUCUUCACACAUUGACAGAGGCACGAAAUCAAUUUUUCAACUUAAUAAAUGACCUUAGGGCCUCUUCAUUGUUGCUUGAACGUGAAAGAGGUCGAGUAAGAAUGCAUGAUGUUGUACGUGAUGUAGCUAAAUCAAUUGCAUCUAGGUUUCAUCCUACUUAUUCUAUGAAAAAGUACUCCGAAGUCAAACAAUGGCCAACGAUAGAUCAGCUUCAAAAGUUCCAUCAAAUCAUUUUGCCUUGGUCUUAUAUUAAUGAGCUUCCUGAGAAGUUGGAGUGCCCAGAGUUGAGGCUACUUCUACUUCAUAAUAUAGGCGACAAUUUGAAAGUCUCUGAUGAGUUUUUCUCUGGGAUGAGAGCUUUAACGGUUCUAGAUUUGUAUGGAAUGAUGUUAACCCCUUCCCCAGCUCCAUCUCUCUCUUUCUUGACAAACCUUCAAACAUUGAUUCUGGCGGGAUGUGAGUUAGAAGACAUAUCAAUAGUUUUGGAACUGAAAAGUUUAGAGAUUCUUAGCCUUGAAAGAUCUGUAAUUAUACAGCUCCCAGAAGAAAUAGGACAACUAUCUAAUCUUCGAAUGUUGAAUUUAACCAACUGCUCUAGGUUGAGAUUCAUUCCUGCAAAUCUUAUUUCAAGCUUAACAUGCUUAGAAGAGUUGUACAUGGGAAAUUGCUUUAUCCAAUGGGAUGUCAAGAGAAGCAAAGACGAAAGCAACAAUGCAAGUCUAGAAGAGCUAAGUAAUCUGUCUCAUCUAAAAACUUUGGACAUAAUGAUUCAAGAUUCUUCAGUUUGGCCAAGGGACUUACAUGUAUUUGCAAAGCUUGAGAGAUACAAUAUAUUUAUUGGUGAUAUGUGGAAAUGGUCUUUGGAAUGGGCUGGAGGUGCUUCUGAAUCUUCAAGAACACUUAAACUGGCAGAGAGUAAGAGUACAAGCAUUCUUUCGGAUUAUGGAUUUAACUUAUUGUUGAAAUCAGCGGAGGAUUUGUGUCUAGCUCAAUUACAACGUGCUAGAGGUGUCCUUUACGAGUUGAACAUGGAAGGUUUUCCCCAAUUAAUGCAUUUGUGCAUCGAAGACAGUUCUGAACUGGAGUGCAUCGUUAAUUCAAUAGGUUGCUUUUAUCCCUAUCCUGCACUCCCCAACUUAGAGACUUUAGCUCUUCAAAAUCUGUUUAAUCUGGAAGAAAUAUGUCAUGGACCAAUUCCAAUUCAAUCUUUUUCCAAGCUGAAAUUUAUUCAAGUUGUCCCAAACCUAAGGGAGCUUAUUCUGAACGGAAGGGAUGUUACUAUGUUAUGGAACAGUCAAUUUAAUCACAGGCCGAUCUAUACAGUAAAAGAUCUUCGCUUGCGUUGUUUUCACAAUGAGUCUGAAAUAUUUCCACACAGCUUCCUCCAAAGAUUUAUCAAUCUUGAAAAACUUAUGGUGACUUGCAGUUCCUUCACAGAAAUUUUCUCAAGUGGAAGCUUUGACCUUGGACAUUCGGAAACAACAAUGAAGUUGAAAAAAUUAGUACUUGUUGAAUUACAUAACCUUGAGUUUAUAUGUGGAGACAAUUCUGAUAUGCAGUUUGCUGUUUGA